GCUUCCUGGCUCAUUACGCCGACAAGAUCGCGCUGCACACGGAGCAGGUGAAGGACAUCUUCCACCCUUACGCGGACCGGCUGGUGACCGAGAUCCACCGCAACGUGGAGGAGCUGCACCGCAACGUGGUCCCGCACAGCCAGGCCAGCCCGGAGCAGCUCAACCAGUACAUCCAGGAGCUGUCCGCCAAGCUGACCCAGAGCGCCAGGGACCUCCACGGGAAGAUCCAGCGCAACCUGGAGCAGCUCAAGGCCAAGCUGAGCCUCUACCCCGGCAGCCUGCGGGAGCGGCCGCCCAGCCCGGAGCGCUACGCCGAGGCGCUGGCCCGGGAGGUGCAGCGCCGGGUGGAGGAGUUCCGGCGGGACACGUACAUCCAGAUCCAGGACUUCACCCGCGCCCUGGACCAGGAGACGGAGGAGAUGCGGCUGAAGCUGUCAACGCGCGUCCCGCACCCGGGGGACCCGCACGGGGACCCGCCGCCCGUGGAGGACCUGCACGCCCGCCUCGAUGCGCUCUGGAGGGACCUGUCCCACAGCCUGGGGGAGCGGGGCGGCGGCGGCGGGGCCGGGAGCGGGGCCGGGAGCGGGAUCGCGAUCGGGAUCGGGACCCAUGAGCACCAAUAAAGGCGCCGCCAUGUUGGGGCGGGCCGGCUCCUCACGUGACGGCGGCAGCAUGUCGGCGCUGGGCGCGGUGGAGGCGGCGGGCGCGGCGGGGGGGUCCCUGUUCCGGCCGCUCGGCGCCGAGGACGGGGAGCAGCGCCCGGCCGAGAUCGAGUCCCUCUGCAUGAACUGCUUCCGCGACGGGGUGACGCGGCUCCUGCUCACCAGGAUCCCCUUCUUCAAAGAGAUCAUCGUCAGCUCCUUCUCCUGUGAGAGCUGCUCCUGGUCCAACACGGAGAUCCAGUCCGCGGGCCGCAUCCAGGAGCAGGGCGUGCGCUACACCCUGACUGUCACCUCCCGGCAGGACAUGAACAGGGAGGUGGUGAAGACCGACUGUGCCACGGCUCGAAUCCCAGAGCUGGACUUCGAGAUCCCCGCUUUCUCCCAGAAGGGAGUUCUUACCACCAUCGAAGGGAUCAUUGACAGGGCUGUGGCCGGCCUGGAGCAGGACCAGCCUGUCCGCAGGGCAACGGACCAAGAGGUGGCCAGUAAAAUAGAUGAGUUCAUUGAGAAGCUAAAGCAGCUGAAAGAAGUGCAUUCCUCCUUCACCUUCAUCAUCGACGACCCUUCAGGGAACAGCUUUGUGGAGAACCCUCGUGCGCCGCAGAAGGAUGAUGCUCUGGUGGUCACUCACUACAGGAGGAGUCCCCAGCAGGCUGCCAUGCUGGGACUGGAGGGAGAGGAGGUGGUUGAGAAGCCAGAUGAUGCUGCAGAGGACCUGAGGAAUGAGGUCCUGCAGUUCAACACCAACUGCCCCGAGUGCAACGCUCCGGCCAACACGAAUAUGAAGUUAGUGCAGAUCCCGCACUUCAAGGAAGUGAUUAUCAUGGCCACAAACUGUGACUCCUGUGGGCACAGGACGAAUGAGGUGAAGUCCGGAGGAGCCAUCGAGCCGCAGGGCACCAGGAUCACCCUGCGGAUCACAGACCCCUCCGACAUGACGAGGGACAUCCUCAAGUCGGAGACGUGCAGUGUAGAGAUCCCAGAGCUGGAGUUCGAGCUGGGCAUGGGAGCGCUGGGGGGCAAGUUCACCACGCUGGAGGGGCUGCUGAAGGACAUCCGGGACCUGGUGGAGAGGAACCCCUUCACGCUGGGGGACAGCUCCACGCCCAGCAGGACCGGGAAGCUGCAGGAGUUCGUUGGGAAGCUGCAGGAGAUCAUAGAGGGAAAGGUGAAGGCUCACCUCAUCCUGGAUGACCCUGCGGGCAACAGCUACCUUCAGAACGUGUACGCCCCGGAGGAGGACCCGGAGCUCCGAGUGGAGCGCUACGAGCGGAGCUUUGAGCAGAACGAAGACCUGGGUCUCAAUGACAUGAAGACAGAGGGUUACGAGUCGGGGGGAGCCUCGGGCCGGUAGCCGGACCCCUUCAUCCUCAAUGCAACGGGACUUCCUGCGGCCGGAGCCGCUCUCCCUGGACACCUGGGGACACCCAUGAUCCCAGCCCGGGGCGGGCGCUGCCGGGCGUGGACUGAUGGAAAUGGGAAUGGGGUUUGGGGGGUCCCCAAAUAAAGCCGCGUGUUGAUGGAUGGA